AGCUCACACGUUACGGACAAUUAUACCAAAAAAAGAUGUCCCUACGGUUUCCUUGUGGUCGUUUCUUAGCGAUGAGUGGGCACGGAGGUGACCCCUUGAAGCCAGGUCACGUCUGCAAGAGCAUGGUAGAGCGUAGGGCUCCCGGACAGCUGGGAAUAUUUGGUGUACACAACAUUGGAAUGGAAAAAGCCCCAGUCAGUAAACACACCAGUCAUUGAUUUCCUGUCAUCCACAGACUGUUGUGUGCAGUCGGAGAUAUUAACUUAACAAAGAAACUAUCGGCGAGGCACUAAACUUACGGAAGAGAACUGUUAGAGAGGAAUUAAAUAAGCAAGAGAGAGUCAGCGAGAGUGUGAGGAGGACAAGAAAGAGCUGAACAGGACACUGGCUGUUAUGAGUUCCACCAGUCAAGGAAAAUGGCCCGUAAAGAAAAGAAAGUACUUCUCUUCAUUAGGUCAAGACCAAGUGUCCCUGGAUCCAUCACUCCAGCCCACUGUCUCUGCUGCCCCACCACCUCAAAACCAUGUCCACCCCGCGUCAGAUCAAAUGCCGAAUCCCUCUGCGACAUUGUCUGCAUCAUUACACCAAGAUCUACCAUCAUCUGCAUCAUUACACCAAUCUCAGGGGACCUGUCUGUCCCCCAAACUGCUACAACUAUCACCUAGAUCGCUGCCUGAAGGCCGGAAGUCCGUUUUAGUAUCAGAAAGUGGCCGAGUAACAUCCAGUUCACUAAAUGAAGGUCAUUUAGCCACUAGGCCACUGUAUGAAGAUUCUGUUUCUUCCAUAUCACUAUAUAAAGAUCGGAUUUUGAAUAGAUUACCACACCAAGAUCGGAUUUUGACUAGAUCACCACAUCCAGAGCAAGUGGCCCCUAUGUCACCAUACUUGGACCGGGCGUCUUCUCAGUCACCAUACCCAAGCCCGAAAUCCUCUAGUUCACCGCACCAAGACCGACUGUUAAAUAGAUCACCACACCAAGACCGGCUGUUAAAUAGAUCACAUCAUGAUCAGCUGUUGAAUAGGUCACCACAUCAUGACCGGAUGACUGAUAUGUCUCCACACAUGGACCGGAUGCUUUCUCUGUCACCAUACCCAAGAAGAACAUCCUCCAGGUCACCACAUCAAGACCGGAUGUCCUCCAGAUCACCAUAUGAGGACCAGAUGCACUCUCCAUUACAAUGCCAGGACCAACACUCACCUGAUUCAAGCAUACCUUCACCCAGGUCCUACGAGAACACUUCACCCAGAUCCAGCGGGAGUUUCUCACCAGCGUCCUAUGAAACUCCCUCGCCAAUGUCCUACAUAACCCUCACCCCUGUGACUUAUCAUAGUGCUCAUCCGACUUCGCACCAGUCUCCCGUCAGAUCCUACCGGCCACAGGUCAUUCCAAGUUCAUGGGAAGGUAAAAUCGACCCUCAAGAAAAUCACAGUCAUUACCCCAGCCAAGCGCAUUCAGAGGGUCACGUCCACUGGUCCAUACACCCACCUCACGUCCAGCAAGACCCAUACAUCCCCGGCCUGAAGCAGGAGUCCUUCAGUCACACUCAUCAGGAUGGUUGCAAUAUCAUCCACUAUGACCAAUAUAGUGUAAGCCCAAAGACUGCCUACAGUCACACACAUCAGAAUGCUUCCAUAGAUACCUACCAGAAAUCUUAUAGCCACGUUCGUCCUUGCAACAACGUCCAUGAACACCAGUACAACACAACCCCGAAGGAUGCCCACAGCCACACCAAUCAAAAAUCCUAUGGUCACCCCGACCGUGAGUUCUACAGCCAAUCCUAUACGGACAUCUAUAACAGUCGCACCAACUCUCCGGAAGAAGGAGCUCUCGUAAUUGACCUGGAGGAGGAAGCAAUGGAUCUUCGCCUGGCAGCAAAGAUUGAUGCUCAGGAGCCAAUGGAUGAAGACAGUCAAGGAACCCAUGACUCCCUCAAGAAAAUCUCCACGAAAAGAAAACGAAAUCGAGGACCCAAGUCUUGGGAGUUCCUGAUGCGUCUUCUGGCUGACGAGGCGACCAAUCCUUCAGUGAUCCGGUGGGAGGACGAGGCUGCGGCCACCUUCAGACUGGUACAGCCUCAGGAGAUCGCCCGCAUGUGGGGAACCCGCUCCAGCAAACCCAACCUUUCCUACAAUAACUUUGCCAGAGCUCUCAGGUACCACUAUUCCACUAAGUUCCUGACGAAGGUGUCGGAGCGUCAGCUGGUCUACGGCUGUGGGAACGAAGCCUUGAAGUUUUUGGCCAAGCUGAAGAACCAGUCCUGCUAAUGGUUCCAGUUGUUCAUAGACUCACUAAGGUACCCAACUGGUUCAGUCAUAGUCUUACAGAGACGCCAGUCUGGUCCAUGGCGUUACUGUGAUGGCAACUCCUGGGCGUGCUGAAGUAACUGUUUGUUUCAGUGGUCUUGGUAACUGUGAACCCAUGCUGGAAACGCAGCUUGGUUUCUUAAACAGGUUGUUAUUCUUGGUUAUGUUGAAAAAAAUCAGGAGAAAUUGAUGUUUCAAUAUUUUACACGUCACCCUGGAACCUGGAACAUUGAGCUCAGUGGGGUAGGGGGUUGAGAGUGGGUUGUAGAGUGGAAUGUCUCAGUGGCACCUAGUACCUCGAACAUCUCAGUGGGAUGAGGGAUGGGAUGUGUUCCUACACUUAGGUAACAAACUUUGCAAGUAAAAAAAAAAACCUGCCAUUUUUUUACACUUGGUUUAAAUUUUUAAACAUUGUAUAUAAAAUUGUUUUUGUAUAAUGUAAAUUCAGUGUGUGUGUUAGUUACCAUUUUGUCCUAGGCACAUGUCGAUUAGUGUGUGUGUGUGUGUGUGUGUGUGUGUGUGUGUGUGUGUGUGUGUGUGUGUGUGUGU